AAUACACAAACGAUGAAUGAAUUCAUGUGUGAAACAACAUUUUUGAUUAAGUUGUAUAAGUAAACAAUUUAAUUUUGCUUCACAUAUUUUAAAAUAUUUAUACCAGCAAACUAUUAUAGUGAUAAUUUAUUUGAUUUAAUGGCUAGCCCAAAUGCAUUUUGUUAGAGUGACAAUAUCAGCGAGACAUGAAACGUUGGAAGACAGUCACGGCGCCAAAGAACUCCGACACCAUCAACAUAUUCCUGGGAGGAAAUGUCAUGAUCGGACGCGGGAUCGAUCAAAUAUUCCCUGAAUCUUCCGAUCCGUACAUAUUUGAAAAGAAUACACAAGAUGCCAGAGACUAUGUGAAACUAGCGAUUAAGAAAAAUGGAAAAUUCUAUCUGGAGCACGAAAAGCAAGCGAUUGAGUACAUCUGGGGAUACGCAAUGAAAACAUGGGAAAAGUACAAACCAGAUGUUAAACUAAUCAACUUGGAGACAACACUAACGACAAGUGACACUAUGUGGCCGAUGAGACCAACGCAGUUAAGAGCGCACCCAACAAAUGUCAAAUCUCUGAAAAUUGCGGGGAUUGACUGCUGUGGAAUAGCGAACGACCAUGCUUUAGAUUAUGGCUAUCAGGGUUUAGAUGAGACUGUCAAGGUACUCAAAGAAGCAGGAAUAAAAUACACGGGAGCUGGUCGUUGCACAACAGAAGCAAAAGAACCUUGUAUAUUUGACAUAGCAGAUAAGGGUCGAGUUAUUAUAUUUUCUUUAUGUACACACUCUAGUGGUGUACCAAACUAUUGGGCAGCUACUACUAGUGGCACCACUGGUUUUGGAGUUAACACUAUCAAUAUUGACAUCAACACGACUGACUUCAUUAAUCUCAAAACACAAAUUAAAGAAGUGAAGAAACCCAGGGAUGUGAUCAUUUUGUCUCUUCAUUGGGGAGAAGAAUGGAACGCGCAAAUUCACCAAUCCCUAAGGGAAUUUGCACACAGGGCAAUAGACGAGGCCGAGGUUGAUGCUAUUCACGGUCACAGCACUCAUUUUCCACUAGGGAUAGAGGUUUACAGAGAAAAACUGAUCCUCUAUGGGACCGGGGACCUGAUUAAUGACACAGAAGGAAUGCCGGGUAAAUACGAGGACAGCCAAUGUGAUUUAGGAUUCAUGUACUUUGCCAAAGUGAACCUCGACACUGGAAAUCUGAUCGAGUUGAGGUUGGUUCCAUUUAGGAUCAAACAAUUCAGAUUGUGUACCCCGAACCCCAGAGAUGUUAAUCUAGCUGUGAACCCACUUAGAAGGAGAUGUAAAGAGUUUGACACUGAUGUUAUACCAGCCAUGGAUGGGCAUGGUUUCUGGUUAGCCUUUAAAUAACAAAAAGGUCAAUACAUCUACUAGUGUAGGAAUCCU